AUGGCAGCCACAACGAAGCACAAGGUGCUACUCAACGUGGACAUGGGCGAAGCCUAUGGCAACUGGAGCUGUGGUCCCGACCUGGAGAUCUUGCCAAUGAUCGAUAUUGCUAAUAUAGCCUGCGGAUUCCAUGGCGGCGACCCUCUCAUCAUGGCCGAGACGGUGCAAGCAUGCAAGAAGCACAACGUAAAGUGUGGCGCCCACCCAGGCCUCCCUGACCUGCAAGGGUUCGGCCGCCGCGAGAUGAAGUUGUCUCCAGAAGAGCUCACGGCCAUCACCGUAUACCAGGUAGGCUCGUUGAAGGGCUUCCUGGACCGCGAAGGCAUUCCCCUGCAUCACGUCAAACCGCACGGCGCCCUGUACGGCAUGAUGUGCCGCGACUACGAUGUGGCCAAGGCUGUGAUGCUGGGCAUCCCCAAAGGCGUGCCCGUCCUCGGCCUCGCUGGUACCAACAUGGAGAAGGCGGCCAGCGACGUGGGCGUGCCCUUCUGGGCCGAGUUCUACGGCGACGUCAAGUACACCGACACGGGACACCUGAUCCUCGACCGCAAGAAGAAGCCGUGGAAGAUCGAGGGCGUCCAGGCACACGUGCGGCAGCAACUCGAACACCAUAGCGUGACCUCGGUGGGGGGCCUGACGGUGGAAUUGCCCGUGAAAGGUUACCCUGUCAGUGUAUGUUGCCAUUCCGACUCGCCGGGAUGUUUGGACAUUAUCAAUGCUACCAAAGACGUGAUUGCAGAGUAUAACCAGACACUCAAUUAA